AUGAGUGCAGGAGGUAUUAGAAGACCAAUUCAAAUUGAAGAGUUCAAGACAGCCAUUGGGGACAUGCCCUCAGACGAGCUAGCCAGAAUCAGGAAUGAACUUGGGAACAGUAUUAGACAUCUGGAGAGAUCAAAUGCAAGGCUUGAAAAGUAUAUCGCCAAGAUCGAAGGCAGACCAAAGAACUCCCCAGAGGUGGACUCUGGUGAUGAACUUGAAUCCAUUGAAGAAGGUGAUCUGCAGCUCUACCAAGAAUCCCUAAGAGAGAACCAAACGGUUUUGAACAACUAUAACGAGAGAAUUGAAGCUCUAGACCAAGAGAAUCUUUACAGAUCUAGUCACAAGGGGAACGGCAGUACUGUCCCCCCUACUCCUAAAACUAACGUUACUACCGCAAACCGUGGUGCUGAAGGAAUCUAUCUAUAA